AUGCCACCUCGUCGUAGACCCAACGCGUUUGAGGUAACAUUUCCAGGUGAACAGCAAGAUGAUUCUGCCAGUGGUACAGAUGGGGGGAAUAAUCGCCGGCGUCACCGCGAUGACGCGGAUCACUACGACAAUGAUGAACGCACAAAGCGUCGGAAGAAGAAUGAACGUCCUCGACCACCGAAACAUUAUCAACCAGAAUCCAACGAGCUAGUGGAGACUGAAGAUCUUAUCGUUAUUGGCGAAGAUCCAGGCGCGCUAGACGAUGGACAGAAACCUACCCGGAAUCUAGAUGGCUUCGCGUUUUUUGACCCUACUCGUGACCUGGUCAUGGUCUCCCUUUCUUACCUCAAUGAGCAGCACGAUAACGAUGAUAGCAUGCUUGAGGGCGCAGGUGAGGUCACUUCAGUGCCAGAGAACGACGAGGAUGAGGGCCAGGAAGACGACCUUGAAGCCGACGAGCCCCAGUUCAUCCGCAUCAACAACAUUAUCGGCUAUUCUAUCGACUACACUGAAGAUGAAGAUCCAAUGUAUAUCGAGUCUAAUCACGCUCGGUAUCGUCUGGGUGCUCCAUCGAAGAAUUACCGACGCGAGUUCAGAGCAUUCUUGCUACCGCAUCGUGUCGUUCAAGCAAUUGUAUCAUCGGCCAUACGGGAACCAGAGCGGCAAUAUCGAGACUUCCUGGACAGAUUUUUAACCAUCGAGAUUGGCAGUAAUCGACUUAGCGAGCAAGAUCUUUGGGACAGUGUUGCUGAACUAAGAUAUGCGCUCGAGGGCCUAGAAAAUGCUCAACAACUGCGUGCUACGAAUAUUAUUCGACACCUUUUGACAGAGCCUGCACCCUUGAUAUUGAGAUCCAUUGAACCACGUCCUCGGCUACGAGUUCCGCCAGUAGCGGUGAUUACUACCAAAGGAAGCAAAGAUCUCGCUGUCCUUCGUCCAGCAAACCAGAACGCGACGCAUGUAACGCCGCGAAUUGCGAAGUUGGCGACCGGGUGGUUCAAAGAACGUCUAGUGGUUGUUGGUCCACCACCUCCUCGUGACCCCGGGAUUCCAUAUGGUAACCUUCUGUUGAGGGUGAAGGAAUUUGUGAAGCGAGUAUCUACACGGAGGGAUAUUCGAGUCCGUCCGGAACAACGCCUUCGUCCACGUUCACGCUGGCUCAAGUACAUCACGAUAGACGGCAAUGAUUAUGCAAUUGGAGAUACCAUUGUUGUUGCCAUUGGGAGCGAUGACCGGAAGGUGGCUCCCGAAUUGCCGGACCCAGGAGACAUACCUGAAUAUGCAACCCUGGCAGACUACUUUUGGUUCGGAAAGAUUGUAUACAUCAGUGACGAGUAUGAAAAUGUUCAUGUCGAAUGGUUCGAGCACAGUACGAAGACGGCUAUGGAGCAACUCGGGCACCCCCAAGAAUUAUUUUUGACCAACAUAUGCAGCACUGUCGAAUUUACCCUCAUCGUCGGAAAAGUCCCAGUCCAUCCUGCAUCUUCCGCGACCUUUCAGAACCUCGCUGAUAUUUCUGCCAGCAGGUUCAUAUAUAAUAGUCUUGAUGCUUCAUAUACUGAAAUAUCGCAGGAACGACUGCACGGCGGCCAGGGCGAGCUCCCACACGACCGCUGCCCUGUGUGCUUGAUGGUGGAGGAGCGAGAGGAAGCACUCGUCCCCCACAAAAUUCAUCACGGCGUCGCAUGGAAGGGGACCAAUUAUCAUACCCACGACACUAUUAUGAUCAAGGCUGAGGAUGGAUCACAGUGUCAUAUCGGUCAAAUUGUCCGUUUUCACUUUUCACAAUCAGAUGACGAGGACUCUGUUCUAGUUCGAGUAAAACUGUUUGGAAGGAUUGUCAAGUUGGGCCGCCUCCGACCCUCGGACGAACUGAAGGAUGAGGUUUUCCAGCGUCAUCUCUUUGUCACGGAAGAUCAAAAGACCUUCCGCAUUUCCUGUGUUAUUGGACUCUGUCAUGUCUAUGUGCGAGCAGCUGUGCCAGAGCUCAAAGCAUGGCUUGAAAUGUCUCCUUAUCACUUUUACGCUCGCUACUCCUUCCCGAGCCUUUAUGUGACAUCCUGGGAUGACAAACGCACACUUGUACCUCGAGAUCUCCUGGUGUGCGGAUAUUGUGCUGAAGAGAACCUGACUGAAUGGGAGCAGAGCCGGGAAUUUUUGAAGAAGCAAAAACCCCUUCGUGCUUUGGACCCGUUCUCUGGAGUCGGAGCUUUCGGGUUAGGGUUGGAGCAAUCCGGUUGCAUCGAAGUCACCCAUGCGAUCGAAAUCUCCCCGAGUGCCACAAAAACCUUGAAAGCCAACUCUCCUAGGACUGUGGUGUAUAACCAAUGCAGCAACCUAGUGCUCGCAGCAUCGAUUUUAUCACACACUAAAGGCGAGGCUACACGAUUGGAGAAGAUAGAAUCGGAUAUAACAGAGAACCCGUACAUCCCCGCUCCUCCAAAACCAGAGGAUAUCGAUUGUAUUGUUGCCGGGUUUCCCUGCCAGCCCCAUUCGCGGCUGAACAUGUAUGUUAAAGCACAUGACCGCAAGAGCAACCUUAUCCUCAACGUCCUAUCGUGGGUUGACUUCAUGCAGCCGAAAUACUGCUUCUUUGAGAACGUGCGUGGAUUUCUGUCGUUCGGUCUCAAGGUACGGCAAGCCGGGCCAUAUAGAGUUAAAGGGGGUAUUGCCAUGGGCGGAUUGAAAUUCUUGAUCCGGGCGAUGACCGACAUGAACUACCAAGUGCGUUAUGGGAUCCUACAAGCUGGUCACUAUGGCACUCCUCAAACCCGUGUGCGGUUUUUCAUGGUCGCAGCAAAGCACGGUUACCCGCUUCCUCAGCUCCCGCAACCUACACAUGCUUUCCCUCCGGUAGACGCGCUGGGAAUUGAUUUGCCAGUUGGACACCAUAUCAGACCUAUUUGGACACAGACUGGCUAUGCGCCGCACCAAUUUGUCACUAUUGACGAUGCCAUAAGUGACCUUCCUCGAUUUGAUUGGGUAAACCCAAGACCAUCCACGAAUACAGCCAUUCGACGACAAGAACGGCAGCGCGCUCAGACGAUCCCGCUUAAGAAAUGCAAGAAAGACCGCCCCUGGUGCGGAUACUCCGGAGAGGAUGUAGUAUACGAGCAUGACCCGGCGACAGCGUUCCAAAAGUGGUGUCGUGAAGAACCUUCAAAAGAUCUGCAACAAUACACGCGGACCUACGAGGCCAUCAAAGUCGAGAGAGUUGUAAAUAUCCCGAUGGAGGCGGGCGCAGACUAUAGGAGGCUUCGACCUGACCUCUGGGAGUGGCACUUCGCAAAUCCAUCCUCAUCCAUUGCACGCGCGGGUUUCAAAUCAGGUCUUUAUGGACGAGUUGACGAGAACGGUUAUUUUCAAGCUACCGUCACUAAUGUUGACCCAAGCGCAAAGCAAUCCCAUGUGCUCAACCCUUAUUGCAAACGCAUUUUUACGGUGCGCGAACUUGCUCGAUCACAAGGCUUUCCCGACAAAUUUGUGUUCUACGCGGAAGAUGAUCGUGUCAUGACGAUGCACAGGCAAAUUGGUAAUGCCGUGCCAUGGCCAGUCUCAAUGGCAAUCGGCCGUGAGUUAAGGAAAGUGCUGAUGAAUAAGUGGUUGAAAGAGCGUAAGGACGCCAUAGUGGUUGACUGA